UUAUGACAGUUGUACGAUAAGAAUGCUAGAAAAGGGAGUUGAGAAUUUUUCGUAAAAUACACGAAAGUUGAUAAAUUUUACUAAAAAAAUUAAUAAGUGACUCAAAACACUUUUUGUCUUAGUAAAUAUAAAGGUAAAAAGUCAAAUCAACGCCAACAAGUCGAAAAAAAACACAAAAAUGAGCGUAGAGGAGGAAGUUUUCAAAAUACAAAAGAAAAUGAGUAAAAUUACUACCAACGAUGGCACGGGUCAAGAACAAGCUCUAGAUUUGCUGAAAGCAUUACAAUCUCUUAACAUAAAUUUGGAUAUUCUAACUAAAACACGGAUUGGCAUGACCGUAAAUGAACUACGUAAGAGUAGCAAAGAUGAAGAGGUUAUAGCGUUGGCGAAAACGCUUAUCAAGAAUUGGAAGCGCUUCUUAGCAACUCCUGGGACUGGUGGCGGCAAAGACACAGCCAACAAUAAUUCAAACAGUAAAACAUCUAGCGGGAGCAAAUCUUCAAGCAGUUCAUCGUCAGGCAGCAAGGAAAAAGAAAAAUCAUCAUCAUCAUCAUCUUCGUCAUCUUCUAAAGAAAAAAAACGCGAAGAAGAAAAGAAAUCCCUGCAAGCGAUCAAAGACGACCGUAAACUUAUACAGACUUCAUUUCCUGCCUCGUCCGGCAUGACAGAUGCCGUUCGUUUAAAGUGCCGGGAAAUGCUUUGUAACGCUCUUAAAACAGGCGAUAUACCGGAAGGUUGCCCAGAGCCUGAAGAAAUGGCUAUCGAAUUAGAAGAAGCCAUUUAUGCUGAAUUCAGAAACACCGACAUGAAGUACAAAAAUCGUGUUCGCUCCCGCGUCGCUAAUCUUAAAGACCCGAAAAAUCCCACACUGCGCGGUAAUUUCAUGUGCGGUGCGAUCACUGCUCAGCAAUUGGCCAAAAUGACACCCGAAGAAAUGGCCAGCGAUGAAAUGAAGAAACUUCGUGAGAAAUUUGUUAAAGAAGCGAUUAACGAUGCCCAAUUAGCGACCGUUCAAGGCACCAAAACUGAUUUGCUUAAAUGCGGUAAAUGUAAGAAACGCAACUGCACAUAUAAUCAAUUGCAAACCCGUUCCUCCGAUGAACCUAUGACGACAUUUGUUAUGUGCAAUGAAUGCGGACACCGCUGGAAGUUCUGCUGAGCUAGAAACAGACUGCACAUUUUUAUUUCUACAUCAAGUAAUUUUACUGUUUUUUUCUAAUGUGGCAAUUUUUUUUAUUAUCAUGUUCAUUUCUUCUAAGCAUUCAUUACAAUUUGGUUUUUUCUUUUUUUUUUCAAGUUAAACAUUUUACACGGUAUUUUAUCGAGUUGUAUUGGUAUAAGAACUCAUAUGUGAAAAAUUUAAUACUUAAUACUUAUAAAAGUAUAUUAUCUAAAA